CAAACGCUGUGCGCGUCCCUUUCUUUGGCUGGCUGCACAUGCUCAGUCCGCGCGGUGAGCCCGAGGUCCGGUACUCCUCAUCCCUCGUAUGCGGCCUGCGUGCGUCUGUGUACCACGGAAGAGAAGCCGCAAACACACUGAUGUACACAAGAGAGAUGUUCUCAUGGAGCUUGUCAAAUCGACAGUGUCUCGUUUGCGUUUGUGUUCACAAUGCACUUUAGGAAUUCAAUAAGAUGUUUGUGUGUUCUGAGAUAAUCAUUUUGCUUCUCGCUUGCAACUUCUGCGUCUGCGUUUAUACUCAGGACUCCUCCUGCUGCCAUUAUGCUGCAGACCUCUCUCAGUGCAGGGAAGCAUGCGAUCAGCUUGCAACUAUUAGAAGUGAAUCCCGUUUAAAGCACCUUCUCCAGCGUUUUCCAAGUUACUGUCCUGAGUCUAUGAAUGAGCUUUGGAACUGUAUCAACUCUACAUUACCUGGGGCCUCUAGGAAGUCUGAUGGAUGGGUUGGUCUGGGGUGCUGUGAACUGGCCAUCUCCGUAGAGUGUCGCAGAGAGUGCAAACAGGCAUCUUCUAAAAACGAUAUCAUAAAAUUAUGCAAAAAAGACACAGAGAAACCCCUCUACAGCUGUAUUACCAAAAAUGAAAUGGGAUCAGUCUGCUGCAGCUAUGCGGGGAGACACACUAACUGUCGUGAGUACUGCCAGGCCAUCUUCCGUACGGACUCCUCACCCACCAUCUCCCAGAUCAACACUGUCAAGGAGUACUGCCAGAGUGUCAGUCCACAGCUCAUCAGCUGUGUGGCCAACUACACCAAAUCCUACCCAACCAAGAGCCCCAUUGACAGCCUCUACUGCUGCGACCGUGCAGCGGAGACGCAUUGCCAGACAGCGUGUAAGCGCAUCCUACGCACCAUGACCACCGAGCACGAGAUCAUGGAGGGCCUGAUCGCCGAGUGUGGCAGCCAGCCCCUCCCCCAGGACCCGCUAUGGCAGUGUUUCCUGGGUAGCGCUCACCCCCCUGCCAAAAGCGACCCAGAGACCUCACCCACAGCCAAGAUGGACUGCGCUAAGCUCCACUGCUGUUCCAAAGCUAAUACCUCACUCUGCAGAAACAUGUGCCAGGAGAUCAGCACCAACUGGGGCACUCAGACAUGGCAGGAGUUUGACCAGCUGUGUGAGUACAGCCCCGUGGAGACAGACCUCAUCACCUGUCUGGCAGACGUGAGGGAACCAUGCCAGCUGGGCUGCAAGGACCUCACCUACUGCACCAACUUCAACAACAGGCCAACUGAGCUCUUCCGGAGCUGCAACAUUCAAUCAGAUCAGGGUGCAAUGAAUGACAUCAAACUGUGGUCCAAUGGAACCAUCAAGAUGCCUUUGAUGAACAUUCCAGUUCGAGACAUCCGGAAGUGUCGGCCAGAGAUGUGGAAGGCCGUGGCCUGUGUGCUGCAGAUUAAGCCCUGCUACAGCAAAUCCAGAGGCAGCGUCAUCUGCAAAUCCGACUGUGUGGACAUUCUGACCCACUGCGGUGACUUCACCCGCUUCCCAGAAGGGCAGACCCCAGAGCGUAUCUGCGAUCUUCUGUCCCCUACUGAUGACCUGGAGCGAUGCAUCCCUCUCCAAAGAUACCUCACUGCCAGUCCUUUCCAGAACAUCAUCGAGGAGGUAAUUCACCCCUGCAAUCCCAACCCGUGUCCCAGCAACCAUCUGUGUGAAGUGAACAGGAAAGGUUGCCAUCAAGGACAAGACUGCCUGCCUUACUUCUGUGUGCCAGGAUGCAAACUGGGCGAGGCCUCCGAGUUCUUGGUGCAUGUGGAGGCACGAAUUCAGGUGCCCCUACGAAGCGGUCAGGCAGGCUGCUAUGAGGUGUGUACCUGCGGGCAGAGUGGCAGGUUGGAGAACUGCUCCGAGAUGCCCUGUGUCGACACCACAAAGUCCUGCGUUGUUGGAGGACAGAGGAAAAGUCAUGGUGCAUCUUUCAGGGUGGACUGUCACUCCUGCUUCUGCUACGCAGGUGAAACCAUCUGUACCUUUCGCCAGUGUCCUAGUUUUGAGAACUCUGAUGAAGACCGCUCCCUCUUCACAGGUCUUCCAUGUGGCUGUGCUGAUCACUUUGUUCCUGUGUGUGCCCGUAACGGACGCACCUACCCCAGUGCAUGUGUAGCACGCUGUAUGGGUUUCUUAGGCAAUCAGUUUGAGUUUGGCUCCUGCAAGAGCACAGAACCAUGUUCAUCCAACCCCUGCCCGAGGAACCAGAGGUGCAUUCCUAAGCGACGCGUAUGUCUGACAGACAUGACAGACUACCUGUGUCUGCAGUAUGAGUGCGUGAGCCGCCCUUCAGGCUGUGACCAGAACCAGCUGGAUCCAGCCUGUGACAUGGACAACAUGGAACACGCCAACCUAUGUCUGCUCUACCAGCGCAGCAAGACUCUGGCCUACAUGGGGCACUGCCAGGAUGCCUGCAGAGUUCCUAGAGAAGUGUGUGGACACAAUGGUGAGACAUACCGCACGGUGUGUGAGGCCUUCUCGGACCGCGUGGCUGUGGACUACCAGGGCAGAUGCCAUGCUGUGGGGACUGUGUCAGAGGUCACGGCUGACUCUGGCUGCAAUGCCGUGCCCUGCCCCCCUCUGUCUGCUGAGGGCUGCAACCCUGUCACCCCACCUGGUGCAUGCUGCCCCGUGUGCGCUGGAAUGUUGCAGAUCCUCUGGAAUAAACAACAAAUGAAUGUCUUUGCCAAGCUGAACAGGAAUCAGCCGCUAACAGUGCAUGACAUUCUGAGUACCCUGCGCCUACACAUCUCUGUUCCUCAGUGCGAUGUCUUCGGCUACCUGAGCAUAGACUCAGAGAUCGUCAUUCUCAUCAUACCUGUGGACCUGCAGCCCACGUCACUGCAGAUUGAAGCCUGCAGUAAAGAGGCUGAGAAGAUCGACUCCCUCAUCAACUCUGGCAGCCCAACGCUGGUGUCCCACGUGCCUCUGUCUGCCUUCCUGGUCUCGGAGCUCAAACUCUCCACUGUUAGCUCUGCUGCUUCCCCUGACACCCCCUCCCUCUCUUUCACCCUCUGUCUCUUCCUCGCCACACUCCUGUCCUUCACAGGGGCCCCAUGGAAUGCCUAGACACAAGUGUUCCCACACUUCUGAAUGUCUGCUCCCAGGCAACAGGAACCCACAACUGAACUCUGACCUUCCUUGGUCACCUGGUGGUGUUAGUGGAAGCUGCCUAGCCUUGACAAUCACAGAAAAGCCACACUGAUGGGAACAGUCAUUUGAAAUAAAACAGAACAAUGAGGUUAUAGACUCUGAAAAAUAUGAAAAAUAUGGACUCAUGAGCUCGAUUAUGUUCUAACACAGCAUUGCUUUAAAAGGCUAGGUUGUGUUGAGUCAUUUUGCUCAUAAUUUUUUGUUAACUCACAGUAAAACAGUUGUGGACAGAACAGAGAAUCAGAAAACAA